UCGUCCUCGCGCGUCCAGCAGUCCGCUCGUUGCUUUUGGCGUGGUCGCGCUGUCGUGCGCGCGCGUCGCGACUAUUAACCCGUUGCAUCGAUUGGCCGCAGCGAAGGGCUAAAAUGACAGGUUGCUGGGAAAAUAAGGGACAUCCUCGCGCGUUUCCUGCCAUCGAGAACACGAACCACCGAGUGAUCCCCGAGUAGAUCGCGUGUACACCCAGUCGAUCCAGAGGAUUCUGCAGUGUGUUCGGGAACGAACUCGCGCGUGACUGUGUUUGUGACUGUACGAUGAAAGAAACGAGUCCACCAGUGGAUUAAGGCGCCUCGUACACCCGCUCCAAGCAACGCCAUGGCGCCCCCAGACAGGCACAGAUCACCGAGGCCAGGCUCGGGACUCAGCCUCUCCGUGCUGGAUCUGGCCCAGAUCCGAGCGCUGGUGGAGUCCACGGGGAUGCUAGGUGGCUCGACGUGUCCAUCCUGCGAGAUGCCGUUCGACAAAGGGAAGAAACGCCGAUUGAUCGACUCGUGCGGCCACGAACGCUGCUAUUCCUGUCUCUUCCGCAGCGAGGCAUGCCCGCUUUGCCUGCGCGCCGACUUCAACGACGACGACGGCCUGGAGGGACCCUUCAGGGAGGGGUUCACCGGCUCCUCGGGCCCCAUGUCCAUCCUCGCGCCCACGGAUGGCUGGAUCGAUGAGUCAUCCACGGUGAACUCUCUCUGCGGCAGCCCCAGACCUCGCACGAAAGUCACCACGAGAGCCAAUCUUCCGUCACGAGUCAUGCACCAGCGAGAGACGGACGACAGCGUCUCUUGCAUUGGCACGACCAAGGGUCUGAAGAACAAGCCACCGGUACUGCCGGAGUCGUCGUCGUCUCAGGGCCGGCAGAAGCUUCAGAUGAUGACGCAGAGUUGUCCAACCCCGCCGAAUCAGAGGAAGCGGUUCUUCCUGAACCCCAAGGUGCUCAGAAGCUCGUUCGUUCCCCAGAGGUCGUCCAGGCGAGGAGCAUCGUCUCCGGAGCCAGUGGCGAACGACAAUCCCUCUGCCCUGUCAGAUGACGAAGGAGGUUGCGUCAAGCCCCUGUCCUCAAAGACGAGGAAGUCGUCCCAGUCGGACCUGCACAUGAGGCUCGGCCUUCUUCUAGGCACGAAUCACACUCGCGCGAGCAGCAGUGUAGACACGACAGACUUACCCGGUGCUUCGAACCGUUCCAGUGCAGGUGCAUGCCAGUCCAGAAUCCCUAUUCAGGGCCACGACAGUUCGGCAGCCUCGUUCAGUAGCCUAACCAGCUUCGAAACGCAAACUCUAGCCUCGACGAACACCAGUCCAGUGUCCACGUUGACUGGCACGUCCAGCGAGGCAGAAGCUGCCGCAGCUUUGAGGUGUCCUAUUAAGCCUAAGGCGAAGAUAAAGGGAAAGUGCAAGUCCAGGGACUGCGACAGUGCUGGAAGCUUAGCCUCCAUUUCCACGUCGGUGUCCGCCUCUACGUCCAUGUCGAUGUCCAUGUCUGUAUCCGUUUCGGGCCUGUCGAACGGUAGCUCGAGCCCUCUUACUCCUAGAAGACAUUCCGUGAACGCCUCGCAACCUGGUCAAAGCGACGAGCUAGGUCAGUUCAAGAACAGACGGUCCUGCGCCCGGAGGUCGGCCAGAGCUGGGAACGUCAAGGGAGCCGUUGACACGAAACUGCGCUUCAUACAACACCACGCAACGCAACUCACCCUCAAGCCCCUGUUCUUCGAAGUACCCUUGCUAGAAGCCGAUCCCCUGUUCACUGGUCGCCAGUGGCUGUUACAGGAACUGGAAUCGGUAGUGAACGGCUCCAGUCCCGGAGUUCUGAUCUCCGGAUCCCCUGGAACGGGCAAGACCGCGCUGGUUCUGCAACUGGUGGAACACAGUUGCUUCGGGAGGAGACGGGAACAGCCUCUUGCGUCGGAACUCGGCGAGGAAAUCGGCGAGAAAGAGAAAACCAGCUGCACUACUGCGUUGCAUGCUAGUAUUCGUUACACCAACGAGAAGGUUAGAGAAUUAGCGUCCCACGUUGUAGCGUAUCAUUUCUGCCAAGCGGAUAAUAACAGUACCUGUUUGGUACCAGACCUGAUUCAUUCGCUGGCCGCACAAUUAUGCCAAGCACCUCAACUCAUCUCCUACAGAGAGUACCUGCUCUCGGAACCACAUAUACAGGGUUCUUUGUCGCAAAGAGAAUGCACUGUAGAUCCAGAUCUAGCAUUGUCGAGGGGUAUCAUCGAACCCUUGUCCACGUUGAAGAAGACAAACAGACUGCCUGAUACCAAUAUGGUAAUAUUAAUCGACGCCGUCUGUGAAGCCGAAUACCACAGACCAGACCGAGGCGACACCAUAGCGUCCUUCCUGACGAGGCACGCACCCAAUUUCCCUAGCUGGUUGAAAAUAGUUUGCACAGUCAGGACACAAUUGUUAGAGUGUGGCAAACAGUUACCCUAUACUAGAGUCUCGCUAGAUAGAGCACCCAACGACAGCACCGCAAGCAACGUAACGAGAGACCUGUCCGACUACAUUGGGUACAGAUUAGCUCAGAGUCCGGCGAUUCAGACGAACGUCACGGCAUCGGUGAACGGAAAGACAGAAUCGUCGUGCAGCGCGAACCAGACGAGAUUCGCCUCCCAUCUGCUCGCGUUAGCCAGAGGCAGCUUUCUCUUCGCGAAGCUGACGCUCGAUCUUAUCGAGAGCGGUCACCUGGUGGCUAAAUCUGCCAGCUACAAGGUGCUGCCAGUUUCUCUAGCCCAGAUCUUCCAGCUACACUUCAACCUCAGGUUCCCCACAGCCACGUCCUUCGACAGGGUGCAACCUCUAUUAGGCGUUUGCUUGGCUGCUCUGUAUCCCCUGACCCUGCCAGAGAUCUUCUACUCGGUGAACUCUCUGAACACUGACCACUUCGUUUCAUGGGAGGAUUUUCUACAGAGAUUCAAGAUGCUCUCUGGAUUCCUCGUGAAACGUCUGGACAACACGUACAUGUUCUUCCAUCCGUCGUUCAGGGAGUGGUUGAUGAGAAGGGAUGAGGGCGAAUCGACGAAAUUCCUCUGCGAUUUGAGGCUCGGCCACGCGGCCAUCGCGUACAGGCUGUCUCGCCUUCAGGCACCAUUAGACGGCGAUAAAGCCCUCGAACUGGGUCAUCAUAUACUGAAGGCGCACGUUUACAGAGGCGUUGCCCCGUGUUGGCCUUCGCGCGAUCUACAGGCCAUCUGGUUAGCAUCGUCCACGGAAUGCGUCUCCUCCGCGCUAUGCACUUUGAGGAACAUCUACAGCCCGAACGUGAAGGUCUCGAGGUUGCUUUUGCUGGCAGGAGCAUCUCCGAAUCACAUCACCGAGUACCUGGGCAACGCUCCAGCCCUUUGCAUGUACGCCCACGAGGGUUCCGUCGAGAUGGUGUCGUUGCUGCUGGAGUUUGGAGCGGAUGUCGAGCUGACGAACAGUCAGGGAUGCACAGCUCUCUCGUUGGCGGCUGCUCGUGGUCACUGCGACGUGGUCAGAAGGUUAGCCGCUGCUGGAGCUUCAUUGGGUCACACAGACAUGGCAGGACAGUGUCCUUUGGUGCACGCAGCGAGGCACGGAAGAUUGUCGGUAGUCGGCUACCUGCUAGCCUGCGACUGGGUAGUCCCAGCCAAUGAAAGCGAAGCCGAAGGAUCGCAGGACAUAGGCAGAGAAGAAGCUGCCCAACAGGCUGUAGUCGCGGCAGCAGCUCAGGGUCACGAAUCCAUCGUCGAGUACCUGUUAGACAUGGCCGAGGUGGUCGUGGAUCGACCUGACACUCUGAUAGGGGAGACUGCCCUGACUAUCGCGGCUGCAAACGGUUCCACGGCCACUGUCUCAGCUUUGUUGGCUCGAGGAGCAAGUCCAACUGCUGUGAACGCAAAGGGACUAUCUCCCCUGAUGCUGGCUGCGAGAGAGGGACACUGGGGCACUGCCGAGAGACUCCUACAAGGUACCCUCUCAAGCAGCACCGACACCAUUCUGGAUGACGCAGCAUCUCUCCUGGACCAACGAGAUCCGGCUGGUCGCACUGCGCUGAUGUUAGCAGCCUCGGAAGGUCACACGAACUUGAUCGAACUGUUCCUGGACAAAGGCUCCGUGUUGGAGAGCAGGGACAAGGAAGGACUGACCGCUCUCUGCUGGGCCUGUGUGAGAGGAAGAUUAGCCGCUGUGCAGAAUCUCAUCGAUCACGGCGCUGACGUUAACACCAACGACAACACCGGGAGAACCCCUCUGGAUCUGGCUGCCUUCCAGGGUAAUCCAAAGUUGGUGCAACUGUUGCUCGAGAAAGGAGCAGCGGUCGAGCACGUCGAUCUCCACGGAAUGCGACCUUUGGACCGAGCGAUCGGAUGUCGAAACAUACCGGUGGUGCAGUGUUUCCUGCGCCGCGGGGCGAAAUUGGGCCCCGCGACCUGGGCAAUGGCGGCUGGAAAGCCGGACGUUCUAUUAAUCUUACUGAACAAGCUUCUCGAGGAUGGAAACGUGCUGUACCGAAAGAAUAGACUGAAAGAAGCGUCGCACAGGUACGCGUACGCGCUGCGAAAAUUCCCAGCAUCGCCGGAAGAGGACUGCCAGGGGCAGGAGCAGGGUCAUAUGAUGCUGCAACUACAGACGUUUGCGCAACUUCGGCUGAAUUUCUUGCUCAAUCUCAGUCGAUGCAAGCGCAAGAUGAACGAAUGUGCGGAAGCAAUCGAGCUCGCUGACGAGGCUCUGAAAGUUCGUCCGGUGUCAUACGAAGCAUUCUACGCGAGGGCAAAGGCACGAGUCGAUUCUGACCUCCUGGAAGACGCGCUGUCCGACGUUCAGGAGGCACUGCAGAUCGCACCGCCGCAAAAUCGGCAGGAUCGGCGCGUCCUCGUCGCCCUGAGGGAGGAAAUAGUCUCCAGAUUGGACGGAGUAGGGACCAGCAAGGGAUCAACUGACUCUGCCUGCAGAUCUCGUCUUCGGGCGUCAGUCGACACCCUCACAGAGUUGUAAUAUUACUAUUUUUCACGUGAAAAACUUUCCAACUGUUUAAUGAGAACACUCCCCUUUCGUGAGGGGAACGACCACAGCGGAAGCUCAAGAGUUUCGUACGUUUAUUUAAGUUAUGAGCUGAUCCUUCCUGAAGUGAACUCGCGAUUCCUCGAAUUCUCGAACGAAAGAUGUCUAUCGUGGUUUAGGAUUCGCCUUCGAAAUUGCUCGAAGGCAAUUCGAAACGAGUGGAAGUAUCUUGUAUUUUUGUUUCUCUUUAUCUUUAAUUUAACGACUCGUUGCGUACGUUGUACGUACUCGAAGAAAUAUUCCUCCUCCUUGCGUUUUUUGGUUAAUUUUGAAAAUCAGCAAGGGCUUACACACGUUUCUCUCUCCUUUUAUUUUUCCCCUUUUACUCUGUGCAAUUGCAUUGCAUGACCGUGUUGUUAGGAUUUCCUUUUGUACGAUGUUCAAUUCGAUUACGAAUCGAAUACAGAGUUUAAUAUAUAUACAUUUUUCUAUAU